CCAACAUCAGGUUGAUACUGCAGUUGCUGCUCUUGAUCAGUGCAUAACAGAACAUGAAGCACCGAGGCGGAACCACAUCCUGGAAAAGUCCAUCAAGCCUGACUCUGCCCAAUGGGGCACAAACCGACCGAUGUUUCAAGCUUUGGAGGCCAGUGGAAAGGCAUGAACUUGGUGAUUCCAUGCAUAUUCAGGGUGAUAAGAGAGAAGAUGAAGUGAGUGUGACUUCUGGCCGGUGCACAAAUCAUAUUACCUCCAAUGAGAGUUGUUUGGCCCAUGGUGCCAUGGAUGAUGAUAGCUUUGGGAGUAGAAGAGAUUCUCCCAAGUUGCUGGAAGGCAAUGCAAGUUCAAGAUUGCUGAAGUUGUUUUCCCAUCAUACUGCAGAAGCUUUUCUUGCUCAGAGAUGGAAGGAGGCUAUUGCUGCAGACCAUGUAAAGCUUGUAUUCUGUUCAGAAAAUGAACCUCCUGGAUUCCUAGAUAGCCAUGACGGUGUGUUGACAUCAUCACAGUUUGCAUCCAUCUCAUCCUGCGGAAUGCCGAGAACUGGGUAGUGGGAGUGGCUCCUCUUGAGCCGUUCAUCACAGGAGCUGUGAAAACCAAGUUCAGAGGGAAGCCAGAAAAGGGUUGUAGAUUAGAGUACAUACCAAAGAAGAAAAAUUGUAUCUGAAUCAAUAUUUUACCAAUUUGCAUCUUCACCAUUACACAGUAAAUUCUUAGCA